UCAAAUGAGAUUUUUAUUUAAAAAAAAAAACUUCUAUACUAAAAUCGUCUUUAAAAGAAACAAAUAAACAAGAGAGAGAGAGAGCAAAGCAUCUUCUGCGCAAUGGCGGUUUCGUCAACAACUCAGUUUCGAUUUAAUGAUAGAAGCUUCUCCAUUUGUUAAUGUCCCGUGUCAUCCAUGGAAAUUGAUCUGGAGCUACCUAUAUGUGAGCAUGAGAUGCUUAAGAGUGGAUCUAGUGGAAAUGAUGUUACAGAUACAGCAUGUGAUAUAUACCUUGAGGAGCAAAGCAUCAAUCCUUCGUCAAUGACUGAACACUCUAAGAAAGUUUUAAGUGAAAAUGCUUUCUGUUGCCAGGAUCAGGUAGAUUUGAAUUCCAAUCAAGUGGAUGCUAUUGAUAAAUUUCCCUUUAAAGAACCACAGAAUGGAUUGGAAUUUGAAUCAAAGGAGGCUGCCUAUUCGUUCUACAGAGAAUAUGCUCGUUCAGUGGGAUUUGGCAUCACAAUAAAAGCCAGCCGAUGCUCAAAAAAGUCUGGUAAAUUUAUUGAUAUUAAAAUUGCUUGUUCCAGAUUUGGAAGUAAGCGUGAGUCUGGUACAGUGGUUAAUCCACGACCAUGUAAAAAGACAGGCUGUAAGGCUGGUAUCCAUAUUAAGAAGAAGCAAGAUGGUAACUGGAUCAUAUACAAUUUUGUAAAAGAGCACAAUCAUGGGAUCUGUCCUGAUGAUUUUUUCAGGGGUAGCAAACAAACAAGUAUUGUAGCUUCUCAGAAGAAGGGUAUGCAAUUGGCUCUAGAGGAGGGAGAUGUGCAGUCAAUGAUUGAAUACUUUGUCUCUAUGCAGUGUAAAAAUCCCAACUUUUUCUAUGCAAUAGACUUGGAUCAGAAUAGACACUUGAGAACUGUAUUUUGGGUUGACUCAAAAGGAAGACUUGAUUAUCAAAACUUCCAUGAUAUUGUGUUGAUUGACACUUUUUACCUGAGAAACAAAUAUAAAAUUCCUUUUGUUCCUUUUGUCGGAGUCAACCAUCACUUCCAGUACAUUUUACUUGGAUGUGCACUGGUUGGGGAGGAGACUGUUUCAGCUUUUAUAUGGUUAAUGCGAGCAUGGCUUAAAGCAAUGAGUAACCUACCUCCCAAGGUUAUUAUUACAGACCAAGAGCAAUUCUUGAAAGAAGCUGUUAUGGAAGUGUUUCCAGAUAAGCGUCAUUGUUUCUGUCUAUCACAUAUUUUAUGUAAAAUCACCAAGAACUUGGAUUAUAUCAUAGAUCAAAAUAAUAAUUUUAUGGGAAAAUUUGACAAAUGCAUUCAUCAUUCCUGUUCAGAUGAGCAGUUUGAAAAGAGAUGGUGGAAAUUGAUUAAUAGAUUUGAACUAAAGAAUGAUGAAUGGGUUCAGUCAUUGUAUGAAGAUCGUAAAAAGUGGGUGCCUACAUUUAUGCAGGACAUUUCUUUGGCUGGAUUGUCAACAACUGUAAGGUAUGAAAGUAUAUCAUCAUCCUUCGACAAGUAUAUCUGUGUUGAUUCUACCUUUAAGGAGUUUAUUGAACAGUAUAAAGUUUUCUCUAUAGACAGUUUUGACAUGGAAGCCAAAGCUGACUUUGAAACAAAACAAAAGCAACCUGCAUUAAGGUCUUUAUCACCUUUUGAGAAGCAGCUAUCUACAAUUUAUACAGAUGCCAUAUUUAGAAAAUUUCAGUUGGAAAUAUUGGGAAUGAUGUCUUGCCAUCUCCAGAAGGAAACAGAGAAAAGGGCAAAUGGAACAUUUCUUGUUGAUGAUUUUGAGGAGCAGAAGAAAUUUAUUGUUUCUUGGAAGGAAGCAGAUUUGUAUGUCAGUUGUUCAUGUUGUUUGUUUCAAUACAAAGGUUUUCUAUGUAGACAUGCAAUACUUGUCCUUCAAAAGUCUGGCAUAACCAACAUUCCAUCCCAUUAUAUUUUAAAACGAUGGAUGAAAGAUGCAAAGGCCAAUCAAUUUGUUGGUGAUGUUAUUACCAGGACUGCUCAUCGAGUUCAACGUUUUAAUGACCUUUGUAGGCAGGCCAUUAUAUUAAGUGAAAUUGGAUCUUUAUCUGAAGAUACUUACCGUGUUGCAUCCCAGGCCUUGGAAGAAAUCUAUAAACACUGUGUGAAUGCAAACAAUUUUGCUAGAAGCACUUUAGAGUCCAACAAGUUGGUUCUUAAUGGUUUUGAUGUUGAAGAGAAAAAUGAUGGUUGCCACAGGGCAAAGCCUACUAAGAAAAGGAAGUCAUUUAAUAAAAGGGAAUGCUCUGAUCCAGAAAGAAUCAAUAUCAAGAUGCUGGACGAUUUCCAAAAGAGGGAACAGAGAAAUACAAGAGCACACAACUUUGAUAACUGUUACAUUUCUCAGCAGGACAUUCAAACUGUGGACUUGGAUUCUAGAGCUUCGACUCUUGAUGUCUAUUAUGGGGCUCAACGGAAUGUGCUUGGAGAUUCGCAGCUGAACUCAGUUUCUGUCAUGCGUGAUUGCUAUUAUGGUAGUCAACUGGCCAUUCUUGGGCUGGUAGGGCGCAUGUACUUUUUCCUAGGCUCUUUUUUCCGAGAUCUUUAUGGAUCUCAUUUUGUUUCAAUAUUCAGGGGCAAUUGCAUUCCAUGCCAAGCCGUGGUUCACAUUAUGAAAUGCAGCACAGCAUGCAAAGACCGCUUCAAGGACUGCUCACUUUCAGAACGCCAACAGCUAUGGAACAACCUAUUAGGGACUCGCAGUUCCAUGGCAUUACAUCAAAGCAACUAGAUGUUGAUAAAUCACUUUCCUCUUAGCUGGAAGAAUGCAGUUUUAGAUAAUAUGUUUUAAGGAACCACUGUUUGCUUAAGGAGUAGGGAAAAUUUGCACUCAACCAAAAAAACAGGAAAAAGAUGACUUCCACCACACACUUUUAUCUACCUAAAAUCUUGCACUUAGCUCAGUCAUAAAAAGCUUGCGCAUAGUUUAAAACAGCCCAUGCAAAGAUAAGAGAGUAACUCACAUCCUUUGUGGCUCUAAGGCCAAAGCAUCUACUUGGGAAUGAUCCUAAUGAUGGUGUGCGAAAUGCAACUGCACACUGGUCUGAGGCAUGUGCUAAGUACAAAGGGCACACUAUCAUUUCAUAAUCAAGUGCAUGCACAACAAUUGAAUAACUAAGUAAGUGUUUAUUCCCACCAUUCCAUGAGCACAGCAAGAAGAGGUCAAAUGUGGUAACUGACUGGUAAGUGAAGGACCUUUGCCUCUGGGCUCUGAGGGAUGAAGAGGAAGUGCUUACAACUACUGCAUAUUCGUGUUUCUGGAUUGUAGUUGGAAAAGAUCCAGGCUAUGGUUUGGUAAAAAUUUGCCUAUGAUAACUUUUCAUGGUUUCCAACUAAAAUCCAAAUAUGCUAGAAUUUGACUGAGGCAAGAUCAUUGUGAUGUUUCCUAAACAAAUAGUUCCAUAUGUUGUAUUUGCAAUCAUGCACAUCCGUUCCUGAAUGAAUACUAGUUGUGAGUUUGUAA